AUGCCCGUGUUGCAGCGAUGUGGAGCACGCGUCGGGAGCCGAAGCGGAGGAGCGGCACCCUCCUCUGAUGUGGUCGGCGAAGAGGGUGGAGAGGGAGGAGGCGACGAGCUCCACCUGCUCGACAAGCUGUUCCCGUCGCCCUCCUCCAUGGAAGAGGAUGAGCUCAAGUCGGAGGCCGCUCUGGCGCUGCAACGGCAGAAGCGUUCGCAGAGUCUGCGCCAUCGAGAGAGUGCAGCGGGUGGGCUUCCGGCGGUGGUGACGGGAGCUGGUGGGGGCGGCGCAGCGACGGGAGCCGGUGGGGGCGGGCCGGCGACGGGGGAGCCAGCGGCAGCGACGGGAGCUGGUGGGGGCGGGCCGGCGACGGGAGCCAGCGGCGGCGACGGGAGCCGCUGGGGGCGGGCCGGCGACGGGAGCCAGCGGCGGCGACAAGUGCCAGUGGGGGCGGCGCGGCGACGGGAGCCGGCGGCGGUGACGGGAGCCGAUGGGGGCGGCGCAGCAAUGGGAGCCGGCAGCGGCGACGGGAGCCGGUGGGAGCAAGGCACGGGGAUUGGGACGGGGUUUCAUUGCUUUUUAUUUUUAGAUAUAGGGAGUGUAUGA